UACGGAGGAAUGGCUAAAUUAAACCCUUAAUUUGAAAAAUCACAAACACCAAACCAAAACACUUCCUCUCUCUACAAGAAUUGGAAAGGGGAAAUGGAAGAAGGUAGCAGCAGCGAAGCCAUAUUCGAAUCACUAAAUCUAAGUCCGCGCCUCUUCAUCAAUGAAAUUCUCAAUGUUGUCGACGAUCUGCUCGACGAGGCCUUCGAAUUCUUCCUCCAAGAGGCUUCUGCGCGGUUGAAAACGGAGGGCACCGACAGAGCCGCGGAACUGAGCAAGGGCGUGUCGUACAUUCGGGAUUUGAUUCAAUUGACUCUCGACCAGCGAUUGCAGAAGUGGGAAGAGUAUUGCCUUCGGUUUUGUUUCAGCGUUCCUGAAGGCUUUCUGCUUCCCGAAGCUAAGGACUCACAUGGAGAUGAUUUAGUGGACCUUGAUGCUCUCACUGACACAAACCUGGAUGCACAGUUAAAUUCCUUGCGUGACAGAGUUUCUUCGGUAGGAAAAGAAUCUGCUGAGCUUGAACGAGAACUCCGAGCCUUGGAGAUGCAGUCCUUGUCAAGCAAUCUGACUUCUGGGUCUAUUGAUGAAGCGCUGCAUUUGUACAAGGAACAUGAUUCCACCCAUAUGUUUCAAGAGCUGACGACUGUGGCAUCAGAAUUCCGCUCAAGAUUGGGCAAUCUGAAGAGGAAAAUGGCUGAGGAAACCCAGCACCAUAGAGCAGACAAGCUGAAAGUAAACCAUGAUUAUGUCCUUGGAUUACCUCGUAGCAAAGGUUUUUUUGGUGCUGCAGACCUCAAAGAACUUGAGGAGUAUUUGGAUGAGAUAAAGGCGCCGUAGCCUGUUGCCUGUUACUUUUGCGAGGAUGCAACAAUAAUGUUUGUGUUAAGUUUGGUGUGUUGCAGAUUAAGGGAAGAAGGCAUAUCCAUGUUCUGUUUUUAGUUGAUUAGAUAGAUUUGUGUAAAUAAAUUGCUUGUCAGCAAAUUAGUUAGAUUAUGGUUAGACAAUUAGUGAUAUAAAUACUAAAGCGAUAUUGUAUUUUUGGUAAGUUUUUCUCGGAAUGUAAUUCACUUGAAAAUUUUCAACCAACUCUUUCUUCUGCUUUCUCA